AUGGUUGAGACGAAGUUUGUAACUCCACAAACAUCAGACCCCAGAAACGGGAGCAAUAUCUGGGAACCAGAAUUACUGAACGAGUCGUACAAAGACAAUGGUCAACGGAGCCUUUGGGUAGAUUACUGCGCCAAUAGUACGAUUCAUGGGUUCAAGUAUUUGGUUGGCGAUAAGCGCACUGCAAUAGAGAGAAUUUGGUGGAUAAUUGUCUGCCUGUUGUCACUGUUUGGAUGCGGCAAUUUAAUAUACAGUGUGUACAGGAAGUGGGAUCGAGAACCGGUCGUGGUGACGUUUGCAGAGAAACCAGCUCCGGUGUUUACCAUUCCAUUUCCAGCCGUGACAAUCUGUCCGGAAACGAAAGUACGCAAGAAGGAUUUGGACUUUACGAAAGCCUAUCAGUUUUACAAUGAUCCUCAGGGCUGGCAAUUUAUGGCGCGUGAGCAAGUCGCCAAGUUAGAGGCCCUUCUGCAGGUGUGUGACUUUUCGUUUGGGAUCGAGAUGAACGACGAUUCGUACUCAGAUAACGUUGUGGAAUAUCUGCAGAAGUUGGCCAUUCCGUUUGAAGACAUCUUUUUGAUGUGCAGUUGGAGGGAACAUGUGAUCGAUUGUAAGAAUUUCUUCAAGCAAACGAUAACCGAUGCAGGAAUCUGUUACACAUUUAACUCGCUUGCGGCGGACGAUCUGUUGAGGCGCGAACAGUUGCACACGGCGUAUGAGUACAUGGCGGAAAAUGAAUCGUCCAAGAUGUGGAACAUGGACGACGGAUAUAGUAGCGGAGCGGGAGGAGACACUUACCCGAGACGGGCGUUUGGUGCGGGAAGAAGAGCUGGUUUAGUCGUCAUCUUGAAGGUCCAGAAGUACGAUAUGGAUUUUUUAUGCGGAAAUUCUUUUCAGGGAUUUAAAGUACACCUUCACUCACCGGUAGAGUAUCCGCGCAUGCUGAACCAAUUCUUUCGCAUCCCUCUAAGCCAGGAAGUGUCGGUCUCGGUCGAACCGUUGCUAUUAGACACUGCGCCCAACAUCCGUCGCUAUCGACCUCAGCGCCGUCUGUGUUACUACAACCAUGAGCGUCACCUACGUUACUUUAAAGUGUACUCGAAGUGUAACUGCGACAUUGAGUGUCUUUCGAACUAUACGCUCAAAACGUGCGGUUGUGUGCCGUUCCCAUUACCCCACACGAAUGAGGCCCGCGUCUGUGGCUUGGGGAAGGCUAGCUGUGCCGAUGAAGCGCUUUCAGUUUUGGAAGAGAUGGACCUGAUACAUGAACUUAAUAAGACGGACAACUUCCUGGAGCAUUGCAACUGCCUGCAGGCAUGUAAUGCCCUGAUUUACAAUACGGAAAUAUCGCAAGCGAUUUUCGACUGGAGAAAGCUGUCUGAGAGUACUCAUAUUGCAGCUAAUGUUACGAAUGAAACUGAGUUAUCCUACCUUUCGAUUCACUUCAAGGUGUCCCGCUUCAUACCGAUCAAACGAAGUGAACUGUUCGGAAUAAGCGAUUUCCUUGCCAACUGUGGUGGCGUACUCGGGCUCUUCAUGGGCGUUAGCAUACUCAGCAUCGUUGAGAUCGUGUACUACUGCACGUUGAAACCGAUCAUGGCACGCACGAAAGCGAGUGCACGUCCAGAGACUGCGCAAGCGAUCAAACCAGCGCUAAUUUUCCCGCCGAAAGAAUUUGGACCAACCGUUGGUGCUCGACUACGAAAUUCCACCAACAAGUGGUAA